UGUUUUGCCUGCGCUCGCCCGACCAUGAGCAGCGCAGAUUCGCUGAGCCUCUGCCCCACAUACGCGCCGGCGCUCGGCUUCGGCGGUGCGAUGAUUGCCCUCGUGAUGGCCUGCGUCGGGAGCGCGUACGGGACAGGCAAGGCCGCCAUGGGCAUCUCGACGAUCGGCGUCGAGCAGCCAGACAUUGUGAUGAAGAACAUCAUCCCAGUUGUGAUGGCGGGCGUGCUCGGCAUUUACGGCCUCAUCAUCGCCGUCAUCAUUAGCAACCAGAUUGUGGGCGUCGUGGGCAACGCGGUUGGCUACAGCCUCUUCACAGGGUUUGCGCACUUGGGCGCCGGCCUGUGCUGCGGCAUGAGCGGCCUCGCGGCAGGGGUGGCGAUUGGUGUCGCGGGCGACGCGGGCGUGCGGGCGGUGGCCAAGCAGGGCAAGAUGUACGUCGGCAUGGUGCUGAUCCUCAUCUUCGCAGAGGCGCUGGGCCUGUACGGCCUCAUCAUUGGGCUGAUUAUGACUUCCAAAAACUCCGAGGCACCAGGGCAGACGCCGGGGUUCGCGCGCGGUCACCCGGUGCGCGGUGGUGCUGGUGGCUCCGACUCCCGGGAGGACCAGAAAAGAAAGAACUCGUUUCGUUAG